AUGGAAAUCAAUGAGGUGACGGAAAUGGUUUCGGGAUUGCCUGCUAGUAACCAAAACUUCUUAUGGGUGAUCAGGCCAGGGUCAAUACGCGGUUCGGAGUGGCUAGAGUCCUUACCUGAAGAGUUCAGUGAGAUGGUUUCGAAUAGAGGUUACAUAGUAAAAUGGGCACCACAGAAAGAAGUGCUUGCUCAUCCUGCAGUAGGAGGGUUUUGGAGCCAUUGUGGAUGGAAUUUGACACUAGAAAGCCUCGGGGAAGGAGUUCCAAUGAUCUGCAAACCGUUUACCGGCGAUCAAAAGGUGAACGCUAGGUACUUGGAGUGUGUUUGGAAAAUAGGGAUUCAAGUAGAAGGUGAUCUAGACAGAGGAGCGGUAGAGAGAGCUGUGAGGAGGUUACUGGUGGGCGAAGAAGGAGAGGAUAUGAGGAAGAGAGCCGUCACUGUGAAGGAGAAACUACGAGGUUCAGUUAGAAGUGGCGGUUCUUCACACAACUCGCUAGAGGAGUUUGAACACUUCUUGAGGACUCUAUUUACUUUACCAUAA